AUGGCAUCAGAAGACAUCGCCAUGAGCGACUCGGAGAAGCAAAGCAGCAAGCCAUUUACAGUAGAAGAGAAUAUCCAACAGUUGAAUUCUAUCGACAAGCGUAUCGUGGAGCUUAUGAAGCACACGUCUACUGCACUCAACUCUCUCACCACGCCGACAGUUGGCGACGACUCCCCCAACUCAGAGACAGCUACCUUGGACCCUGCGGCGCAAAAAGAAGCCUUUAAACAGGCAACAGAUUCAUUCGUCACAACGCUUCAUGGCAUAGAUGUGCAUUUAAAGCGUCAGAUUAUGGCCCUGGAGGAGGCGGGCAUCAUCAACCUCUCGGCGGCAGACAAACAGCCGCAAACCGGGCCAAAUGCAACAACAAAACCUUCAUUACGGCCCAACGGAGUAGGAACCGUAGGAAACUUGGAUGUUGGCUGGCUCAACAGCCGAAGCACAAGGGUAGAACGAGACAUGGAGGCUGAACUCUGGGGCCAGGCCAAGUCGCUGCUUGAGCGCGAGACGGGGAGCUCGUAG